GUUGAACUGGAGAUUACUGAAUGCUUGGUGAGGAACCGAUCGUAAUUGAAAAUUUCCUCAUUCUCCGGUGUUGAUGGUGUAGUACUUCGUUUUGAAUUUUCUAAGAAGUGUAGCAAAGGAAAGCAGACGAUACAGUAGCCACUCUUUGUCUCAGCCCUUUAGCAAGCUAGAUUUCAAGAGUUGGGAGAUACAACGUCGGUAAACAAUAUUGAUCAAUGUGGAUGUGAAGUAAAUCAUCUCUUGGGAAAGGAAAAGGUCUCAACUAAAUAAUACCCACCAUGAUUCUUCGGCAAAUGGCAACGAAACUUCAUUCUUGUAAUAGAUACUUGCACACUAACAAAAACAGCGCAGAUCUUGCAAAUGCAAUCGCUGAGUUCAACAAGGAGAUGGAGUCAGUUUUUGGCGAUCCUCCUCCUGUUGGUGAUGGUAGCUCCAUGAACAACCUUCCAUUAACUCAAGACACUGCAUUUGUACCUCCAGGCAUCAAAGAAAAUGUAAACGAGCAACAGCUAACGCACAUUAACAAAAGUGGGGAGGCUCAGAUGGUGGAUGUAUCUAUAAAGGAAACAACCAAGAGAGUUGCCAUUGCAGGUUGCAGAGUUAUUCUGGGGCAAAAAGCGUUCAGUAUGGUCUCUGAAAAUCAAAUAACCAAAGGAGAUGUCCUCACUGUUGCAAAGAUUGCUGGUGUCAAUGGUGCAAAGCAAACAAGCAACCUAAUUCCAUUAUGUCAUAAUAUUAGUUUGACCCAUAUUCGAGUCGACCUUACAUUGAACAAGAAUGAUUUUAGUGUUGAGAUAGAAGGAGAAGCUGCGACAACAGGGAAAACCGGGGUAGAAAUGGAAGCCAUGACAGCUGUUACCAUUGCUGGCCUCACAGUUUAUGACAUGUGCAAGGCUGCUUCGAAAGAUAUCCAAAUUACAGAUGUUAGGCUUGAGCAUAAGAUGGGGGGAAAAAGUGGGGAGUGGUCUAGGAAUAAGUAGAGUGAUUUGCAAAAGAAGAUAACUCAUCAAACAAACCCGAAUGAUACAAAACUUGGAUUCUCGCCGAAAGGCUUAAAGUUUAUUGUCUUCAGCAUUUUCUUCCCCUAAGAUAUGGGUUUUGAACCUCUUACAUUUACAAGUUGUCAGAUAAUCCUUGAGUUUUGCCCUCUUAAUACAAGAAUUAUUGUUGAUCUAUGGAAUUUUUUGUAUGAUUAGUGUAAGCAAGUGUGUAGGAAUGUCUUCACUGUAUGUCUCAAUUUGGCUCGAGGCUGUUACUUAAACAUAGAUACAAUGCAAUAGUCAGGAUUGCGUUCCGAA